UCCACCACGAUAAGCUGAAAGCGCCUUUUGCAACUCCUACAUGUCAACAAGGAGGAGGGGAAGAGGCUCUGCUUUAAUAAAACGUCUAAUACAUUAAAACAGUCAGACGCUGGUUUUGUGGGACUCUACUCAUAUUGUUAAUUAGUUUAUUUGAUUGUUUUUUGUGUUCACUAGCACCGACAUGGCUCCGCUCAGCUUAAUGACUGCAAGUGUUAGCUUGUUGGCUAAGUCGUUCAGCGUCUUGUCCUGCACAGGUUCUCUGGCAAGGUGUGCCAGUAUCCUCCCUACAGUAUAUGCCGUCCCAGUGAAAUGUCUGACCUCGCUGACCAGUGGCCCUCCAAAGAGACCUCUGAAUGGAUACAUGAGAUAUGUUAGGCAACAGAAGCCAGACUUGAUCAAACAAAACCCAGACAUCAGAGCAGUGGAUAUUGUCAGAAAGAUCGCCCAGCAAUGGAGAACAAUGAGCCCAGAACAGAAACAGCCAUUCGAGGAGGCCUCUCUCCGUGCCAGGGAGCAAUUUAAGGUAGACCUCCAAAACUACCAAGCUCAACUGACCCCAGCACAAAUCCAGCAACAAGUACUGGACAAGAAACAGAGAUUGGCCAGGAGGAUGUCUAUUCGUAAAAAGAGAGAGCUAACCAACUUGGGAAAGCCCAAACGUCCUCGUUCUCCAUUUAACAUCUUCAUGUCAGAGCACUUUGAAGAGGCCAGAGGAACCACCUUGCCGGCAAAGAUGAAAUCACUUCUUGAGGACUGGCGUAAUCUGUUCGACCACCAAAAACAGGUCUACACACAGCUGGCAGAGGAUGAUAAGAUCCGCUAUAAGAAUGAGAUGAAAUCAUGGGAGGACCACAUGGCAGAGAUUGGGCGAGACGACCUGAUUCGACAGCAGACCCUGUCCACAAAGAGAGAAAUCAAGAAACCGAAAUCUCAAGUGGCCAAGAAGAGAACGAAGAAGGCUGCAGUUAAAACAGUGAAAAAAGCCCCUGCUACAGCAAAGUCCAAAACAUCACAAAAGGCAGCGAAAAGCAGCAGCACAAAAGCUGUCAGGACGACCAAGAAGGCAUAGAACGUGUGUAUGAGUCUAGAAUAAACACUGUGUUCAUGGCAACUGAAGGUAGGAGUUUAAAAGAUCCAGCCCUGCUUGACUUUGAAAAGUCACGGUUGUCUAAAAAGUUUCAGCAAGGCAAACAUUUUGAAGCAUUCAAGCAGCCCAGUAAAGCCUGUACCUCAGUAAACAUACACCAGAGGUGUGUAAUGUGUAGAACGUGAGCUUAUUCUGCCCCUCCACACAAAUGGUGACAGACUAAUUUGUUGGUUUAAUAUUUCAUAACAAAUAUCUAGAAUAAAAGCAUCCAGUACAUCACCUGAGGUUUUAGCUGUUGGGCACCUCAUAUUAAGCUCCACUCUGAGAAGAGUGCUGCUGGCUGCACAUCGAAACAAGCUCAACAUUAAGGAUGCACAGCAUACGAAUUACUGUGCAGCCUGACUGAAUAUUGUUUCAUUGCAAUUGUUAGUGUAGCAUAGGUUCACACAGUUGCAGGUUUAAACUGUGAAAUUCUUUUUCUUUUUUCAACAAUUUCAAAUGAAGCAAGGUCCCCGUGGCAAUUCACUUUUUCUAAACCUUCAUCUAUAUAAUUGUUUAAAUCUCAUGAAGAGUUGCUGUCCUCAGAUGUCCAAUGUGUUAAGACUGGAUUCUGACAUCUCUAUGAAGACAUGUGAUGCAAGUGUCCUUUGUUAAAGGGAAUUCUGUCUGUUAAUCCUGAGGUCCAGGUUUUUCUGCGCUUUAACAGUGGACUCCCAACUGCUAACCACAACAUGCUUUUAUCGUUGCUUGUACACUGUAUGUAGUGCUGCCAUGUUUCGAUUAUAGUUUUCUUUGUACUGUACAUUUGCUGAAUAAACAUUUACACACA